AUGCCUCCCCGGUCCAACAGGUCUUUUCAACGCACCUUGUCUACCAGCUCAAACACUUCCUCGUCGUCCUCUUCAAGCAAGCCUAGGCUCAAACAGAACAAGCUCGACUUUUCCUUUCACUCUACCUCUUCCUCUACGCGCUCUUCUGGCUCAAGGCUGCUCAGUAGCACGCCUUCUUUCGGGCUGCCUGCAGCUGUUCCCACCACGACGACGACCCAUCAACAACCACCACCACCAACCCAACUACCACCAGUGCGUCCUCCGCCAUCAACCAAUGACAAGGGAAAGCAGAAGCAGCAAGGUCCCGUCACUCUACCCAACCAUCCUUCCCAGCCCGACCAUGCAGACAGUCUCUGGUCCGAGCGAUUAGCCCCGCUCAGCAUCCAAGAGCUCGCGAUUCAUCCCAAAAAAGUAGCCCAAGUGCGGACGUGGUUGCAGGAAUCCUUCUCUUCCACCCCUGCUCUGGUCAAACAUCGCAAAGUGCUAGCAUUGACAGGUCCAGCAGGAGCUGGAAAGUCGGCUACAGUUCGUGCACUCGCCACCGACCUGGACUUCGACAUCCUCGAAUGGCACAACGAUCAGCCUAGCUUUGACGCCAAUGCCCCCGGUCCUAGUUUCAUCGAACGCUUCACGGAUUUCCUUUCCAAGGCUGCAAAGUUUCCUACUUUGAAGUUUCACGAGCACGAGCACGAGCAGAAACACGAACAGGAAGGAGAAUCGAGUUCGAUCACGUGCGAUGCUGCUUCAAAUCGACGCAGAGCGAUUCUAUUGGAAGAUCUGCCGAACCUACAUCACCUGCCAACCAAAGAGCUCUUCCAGACUUCUCUGCAGUAUCACAUCCAGCAGUCGAUAGCACUCACAUCACGAGGAUUCGCCAACGUACCCGUCAUCCUCAUUGUAACCGAAAGCACGCCUAGGGAGGACCAAGAUCGAUGGGCCGGUGAUUCCACCACCACCUGGCGCGAGAGACUUGCCACCAUCGUAGACACGCGCACCGCCCUCGGACAGACCAUUCGCCAACACCCUUCGUACACAGAGAUGAGGUUCAACCCUGUAGCACCAACCAUUGUGCUCAAGGGCCUCAAACGGGCCAUGGAACUCACAGCGGGUAGGAAUGACAAGGCAUGGUUGGAGCUCUUGCACGCGGUUGCCGAGGAUUCCAACGGUGAUCUGAGGGCUGCCGUCAAUUGCCUGCAGUUUUUAGGCGCAAAGCAUUUGGACAUCAAGAUGAAUGGUAGCGCAAAAAAGAGGACCAUGACCAAGUUGAUUCGGAUGGUUUCGGGGAGGGAGAGCUCGUUGGCUUUGUUUCAUGCGCUAGGCAAGGUUUUGUAUAACAAAAGGGAGGGUGAUCCCGGUGACGACUUCGGCCAAACUGCAAACAAGCCCGACCAUCAAGGCUCAGACGAUGAUCAAGACUCUCAAUCCGAGAAUGAAGGCGACAGGAUUCCGCUCAAACAUCGAUUGAACAAAGCAAUGCAGUUCAUCGUCCCACCUGCUCCCAAUGACGAAACCGUCUACCAACUACCGGUCCACAUGUCGCAUCUCUACCGCCGCCCAUCUCGUGUUCAGCCUGACCAGCUGUGGGCGGACCUACCCGUGGACUCGACCAUCUUCCAGCUUUAUCUCCAUCAAAAUCUACCCCAGUUCACCACCGAGAUCGAACAAUGCGAAACCAUUCUGGAUGGUUUCAGCACAGCCGACGCCUUGACGCCGUUGCACGACGGAUAUCGAUUCUCAACUUUGUCAGCCUACUAUGCAUUCUUGAUCUCGAUUAGGGCCACGUUGAUAGGACUGCCGAGCCCGGUGAGAAGGCAAGGUCAGAAGUUGGGGAAAGCGACUUGGUGGGAUGUCCAAAAGAAGCUCAGGGGAAUUUUGCUGGAUGUGGAGGAUGUGAAGGCCAGCUCGUUGCGAAUCGAUGGUAGGAUCGAUAGGGAAGAUGUGGCAGGAGGGAGGGGUCUGAGGCGGACCAAGUUCAACCAACCGUCUGACUCGAUCGAUGAGAUGCAAAGAAGUGAUGCCCGUUUAGGGGAAGCGUCAAUGCAAACUACACUUCUGAGGAGUGACGCAGUAACACUCGUGACGGAGGUCCUACCCUUGCUCGCAAAGAUACGGCCGGAUGCAUUCGAUGGCAAAGCGGCCGAUGUAGCGAGGAUGAGGUUCGACUACGCCGGGGUGGCGGAUACCGCCUCUAGGAUGCUGGACGAGCACGAUUCUGGCAUUGUGGCGGAUGACGAUCAUGCAGAAGACGAUGAGGCCGGGGGCCAGCGGCUAAAAGUUCACCAACGAGUCAAACGGAAUUUCAAGCCAGAGCAAGAGGUGGGCGAACAGGAGAAUCUCAUCUUGUCCGAUGACGAUAUUGACGAUUUCUGA